AUGGGGAUUAAUGGUGGUGCUGGUGAAAACUCACCAGGCGGUGUGUCGGGUUCAAUUGGUGGACUAAAUAAGGGCACGAGUGGGGGUGCUGGUGUUGUGAACUCGUCAGGAGGUGAAAGCCAUGGAUUUACUUCAGGUGGGGGUGGUGAUAGGACUAGUGGAGGUGGAGGGAAUAUCACUGGUAAUGGUGGAGGGGAUAGUUCUGGUGGUGGUGGUGGUGGUGAUGGAACUAAUGGCGGUGGGGGCAGAGGAGGAGGUGGUGACGGUGGUGGUGGUGACGGUACUAAUGUUGGUGGAGGAGAGGGUGGGGGUGGGGAAGGUGGUGGAGAUGAAGGAACUGGAGGUGGUGAUGAGGGGGGAGGGGAUAUGACUACUGGAGGUGGAGAUGGAAGUAAAGGAGGCUGA